UUUGGGCAAGCGGUUUCGCGUUAACACCGUCGAAAUUUUCACGAAUUUUCCCAGGUUACGUGUCAAGGAGGAAGUCUCUGACUCCGAACGCGUGUGUGAGCCAAUUAAAGGCCAAAAAGCUCAUCACCAAUUGUGCCUGUGGCCCAGUGUCAGGUGUUAAAGUUCUUUUCUGUUACCAAAAGUUACCAAAAAAAAAUUAAAGAUCAACCAACCCUUGGGCUGAAAAUAAUGCCAGCCCCUAGCCUACGAUUUUGAAUCUGGCCAAGUGCCAGAGCUGAAAAGGAAAACCCGCAAAAGCGAUAUCAUCAUGUCAAGUGGCAGCCUGCUGGACGUCCUCUGCAAUGGAAGUGGCGCCCGCCUGGCUCUAGGAACCUCGGUAAUAUCCUAUCUGAUUGUCUACAAUGAGGCCUCGGCGCCGUGUCUGCUCUUUGCUGUUGUUUUGGCCACUAUUCAUGGUACCAUGGCAGCUCGUUGCAAAACCAGUCUGCGCAGCCUGCAAAUGCCUUAUGUGAGGGCCACAAAUAAAUUCGACUUUGGCUGCCUUUUUUUGGCCAUUUGGCUGGAUGCCUUGGCCGCCAUGUGUGCCUGUGCUGCCUUGGCCAGGACCCUGAGUGCUUGUCUAGAUGCCAUGACAGGGGGUUUGGCAAGGAUCCUAAUACUGGGCCGCAAUGCACCCACGAACGAGCCCUGGCCGGAUGUGCUUGGGGUCUCUGCUGUCUUCCUAGUCACGGGCAUGUUCAUGCUGGGCCUAGAGCACUCGAGGGCCUUCAGCCUCAUCCUGACACUUGGCAUGUUUGGCCUGAACGCCAUUCUCAGCGCCGUGGGUUGGUGGCGGGGCGAUCUUGUGGCCUGGUCGUCGGAGCACUCCUUCCAGCCGGAUGGCAUUAGCAGCGUCUUCCUGGCCGCCGCCCUACUCACGUACUCCUUCCCCAGCGAUUGGCCGCAACAGCAUCGGAGUAGAAGGUUCACCAUUACCUUAAUCACCGGAUUGGUCAGCAUUUCGCUACUGCUGACAGCCAUUUGUCUUUCCACAGUAGUUCACUACAAAACCCACGAGGACUAUGUGGCCGUGCCUUUGUUCAACAUCCUGGAUGAGAGUGGCUUCCACAAGUUGGUUCCUGCCUCGGCUUGCAUGUUGCUUCUAACCAGUUCAGCGGCUUUUUUGGAGCUCUUUCCGGAGCUUUAUGGGAUUGUGGUACGGUUGGCCACCUCGGAAUGGCGGAUACUGUCCAAGCAGAUCAGCUACGAGAGCUCAGAGAGUGGCAAUCCCGUGUUGGCUGUUUUUAUAGCCGGAAGCAUGUGUGCCAUGUUGGCCUUUGCCUGUCCCUUGCAGCAUUUGAGUUAUACCUUGGCUGCUGGCCAUAUGGGUGGGGUGUUCCUGAGGGCUUUUUAUUUGCUAUAUACCCCCUAUAGACCCAAGUUCAUGGCACCUAGUAGCGAGUCUUCACUGUCAUACAGUAGAUUGUCCACAGCACCAAUAGCCAAGAGUAGUAGCUGCAGCAGUGCAGCAACCUCCAGCUCUAGUCGCUUGAAGAGAAGCCUCUGGAACCUAGGUUUGCCCAAGCAUUCGGGUUUGAAGAAGCCCAAGUCGAAGCCUAGGAACAAGCAGGAGUUGGAGAAGGAGUGGCUGCUGUUGGGUGAGCCCACAUCACCUUGUCCGCAAAGAGAGGGCAGGGAUGUGGAGUCUACUAUACUGUCUGAUGGAGAGCCGCCGCCCUCUGACUUUGAGUAUCCUGAAAAGUUUGACAAAAGCGAUUCAGACACCUCCACGGACAUAGAUGCCAUUGUGGAUGAGUAUCGCGAGAAGAUCAAGGUAACCACAGCAGGUCCCUUGGAGCGCAGCGUGCGAGUGCCCACUGUGAGUUCUUGGAGGGUCACCAUCUUUGCCAUUGUGGUCAUUGCCUUGGGCAUAGCUCUCUGCGUCGCUGGUUUGAUGAUGCACUGGGCACCGGCAACCCUGACCGGCGGCAUUGGCGUUCUCAUUGUGACAUUUAUGAUGGGUUUUAUACCCAAAUAUACGGGCAGUGUGAUCAAUGUGAGUCCCGUGCUCUGUGGCAUGUCCUUGCUGAUGGGCGUGAUCCUGUUCAGCGGCUGUGCCGUUCACUCCUGGCCCGGUUUGCUUAUCUGGCUAAUGGCUGGACUGAUAUUGGUCAUCAGAUGCGACAAGUACUGUUGCAAUUGCUUUGAGCACACGACCAUGCUGAAUGCCCAACUGAUACCCAGUGUCUCGGGGAAAACGAACCCGGGUUCGGCUUCAGGUUCUACAUCAAACUUGGCAGGUCCUUCGACCAGCAUAAGGAUACCCAGGCCACCGAAGGGGGUGGGUGUGGUCAGUCUGCCGCAGCGCAUCAAUGGGCACAGGUGACAGUCGGAGUCCUCGGAGGAGGAGGGCGAGGACCUGUUCCACGAGGAUUUCAAUGUAAGGGACUUUGAUGAGGAGGAUGACGAGGAUUGCUGGACUGAUUAAGUAGCUGCGCUGCCUUUGGAAAUUUACUUGGAAAACUCUCAACUUGCUAAGCCGCAGGAUGAUAAGGAAGAGCCAGCUUCCAGCCAUGUUUGCCUGACAUUUUCUAGCUAGCUAAAAAGGAUUGUCGAAAUUUACCUAAACACGUAUUUUAUGUAAUUCUAGUUAGGCCUUGCUCUCUACAAAUAUAAGUUCCAAAUAAAAUACAAUU